UUUGUCUUCAGCCUGGAGGAUGAGAUCAGCUUCCAGACAGUCUACAACUACUACCUGCGGCUCUGCAGCUACCGGAACACAGCAGAGGUGCCGAUGGUGCUGGUGGGCACGCAGGAUGCCAUCAGUGCUACAAACCCCCGGGUCAUUGACGAUUCUCGGGCACGGAAGCUUUCCAAUGAUUUGAAGCGCUGCACAUACUACGAGACCUGUGCCACCUACGGCCUGAACGUGGAGAGAGUCUUCCAGGAUGUGGCUCAGAAGGUGGUGGCUCUACGGAAGAAACAGCAGCUUUCCAUCGGUCCCUGCAAGUCCCUGCCCAAUUCACCCAGCCAUUCAUCUGUGUCUGCGGCCUCCAUUCCUUCUGUUCACAUCAACCAGGCCACCAAUGGUGGAGGGGCCUUCAGUGACUACUCCUCCUCUGUGCCCUCCACACCUAGCAUCAGCCAGCGGGAGCUACGGAUUGAGACCAUUGCUGCCUCCAACACGCCCACCCCCAUCCGCAAGCAGUCGAAGCGGCGCUCCAACAUAUUCACG